AUGACUACGGUCUUCAAAGAAUACAAAUACACGGAGACUAUAUCUGCGCCUACAAUGUAUCAUCAUUCUAUGGGUUUAGAAGGAGAUCAAACUGGGGCCGUGUCCGAAAUGAUAAUGGCCGAUCCACAGGAUAUCAACGUCAACACUGAUGACAAUGGAUUCUCCUCGCCUAUCAAGCCUGCUCCCUUCUAUACAACACCUACCGACGCCAUGUAUUACACCAAUAAUUUCAAAGACUACGGUAAUUAUACAUUUUUUGCAUCUUACUAAUC